AUGUCAAUCGAUAAGUCAUGGAUUAGAAAACCACGAACCACGCAUGAGUAUAAAGAUGGUCUAAACAAGUUUUUGAAUUUUGCUUUUGAGCAACGAUUUCUCGAGGGUCGUAAGAUUAAAUGCCCUUGUCCGGUGUGUGAUUUUGGCAAGUGGCAAACAAGAGAGAAAGUUUUUGAACAUUUAAUAGUCAAACCAUUUCCAAAAAACUACAAAGUUUGGUAUUGGCAUGGUAAAGAAGCAGUUGGACUUAGGUCACAAGCUCAUCAAAUUGGUCAUAUUGUACAAGAUGAUUCGACAUCUCAACAUCCAAUGGUAACAAUGCUCAAUGACAUGUUUGGAGUUGCUGGACUUGACUUGAAUGAAGAUGGAGAUGGAGAUGAAGACAACAUAGAAGAUGGAGAUGGAGACAAUGCAAAAAAUGAAGAGCACAAUGAAAAAAAUGUAGAAUUUUACAAGUUGUUGGAAGAUGGUAAUGAACAAUUGUAUGAAGGAAUAAGCAACAAAGCCAUGACUGAAAUCCUCAAGUUAAUAAAAGAUGCUUUUGGAAAUGCCAAGAUUUCAAAUACAUUCUAUGAGGAUGAAGAUUUGCAAGAAUGCAAAAGAUGCAAGACAUCUAAAUGGAGCGAAGCUAAAAAAAAGAAACCGGCAAAGAUCUUGCAAUACUUUUCACUAAAACUGAGACUUCAACGAUUAUUCAUGUGUUCUAAGACUACUCAAUCAAUGCGAUGGCAUGCUUUGGCAGAAAAGAAAGAUUCGAAGAUGAGGCAUCCGUGGAAUUCUGAACCUUGGAAGACAUUCGAUUUACUUCAUGAUAGGUUUACCGAAGAUCCUCGAAAUGUACGUCUUGGUCUUGCAGUUGAUGGAUUCAACCCCUUUGGAGCUAUGCGUACAAACUAUAGCGUUUGGCCAGUGGUGCUUAUUCCAUACAAUCGACCUCCAUGGGAGUGCAUGAAGCCAACAUCACUUAUCUUGUCAAUGAUUAUUCCCGGAGAGAAAAUGCCGGAGAACAACAUAGACGUAUACUUACAACCUCUUAUCAAAGAGUUAAAAGAGUUGUGGUAUGAUGGUAUUCAAACAUUAGAUAGGUUCAAGAAUGAAAUGUUUACAUUGCGGGCAGCAUUAAUGUGGACAAUUAGUGAUUUUACAGGCCUUGGUAACUUAUCUGGGUGGAACGUACACAGUAAAUAUGCUUGUCCCACAUGUAACUUCAACACUGAUUCAUAUAGAUUAAAGCAUGGGUCAGAAAUAUUGGAACAACUUGAAGGCAUCAAUGUUUCAUUUAGGAAGGAACUACAGGCAAGUAAAGAUAAGAGGACUCGGCAAAAAUUUGUUGAAGAAGAUGAUGAAUCGGGAAUGUGGAGGAAGAAAAGCAUAUUUUUUUAUCUUUCUUAUUGGGAGUCUAACUUAUUGCGCCACAAUCUAGAUGUUAUGCACAUUGAAAAGAAUAUUUGCGACAAUGUGUUAUACACUUUGCUCAAUGAGACUGGAAGGUCAAAGGAUAAUCUCAAAGCUCAUAAGGAUCUUAAAGAAAUGGGUAUAAAGAAAGAUUUAUGGCCAGAUGAAAAUGGGAGAUAUCAUCCAUCUUUGUUCACAAUGUCAAAUUCCAUGAAAGAUAUAUUAUUGCAUACUAUAAAGAAUAUUAGAGUACCAAAUGAUCUCUCGAGUAAUAUUUUUCGGUGUGUUGACUUGAAGCAAAGAAAGCUCUCUGGAUUGAAGAGCCAUGAUUGCCACGUCCUUAUGCAGCAACUAUUACCCAUUGCCAUACGUAAUGUGCUACCAGAUAAUGCAGUGCUAAUAGAGUUGUCUUCAUUCUUUCAAUAG